AUGAAUGAAAGCCAGCAGGAUCUGGAAUACUUUUUGUCGUCGAGAUUCGCCACCCAUCGGUACCCCGUGAACACAGCCACCAUCAUCACCCUCUACUCCACCGUCGCGUUGUUUGGCUUCAUUGAGAAUGCGAUCAUAUUCGGGACACUGUUGGCCAUUGGUGACCUGCGAAGCACCUGCAACGGGGGCCAGACGGCCAACAUCUUUGUUGGUGCGUUGGCCGUCUCCGACAUGAUCCUAUGUGUCUUCAACGUUCCCACUCAGCUCUACUAUGAGCUUGGCGAGCCAAGCGGCAUGUCCCAGCUGACGUGUCGCCUGUUCUUCGCCAGUUUGGGUGUACCCACCCACGUCUCCUGCAUCCUCAUAUUGCUCAUCGCGAUCGAUCGAUACCGCAACGUCCUGUUUCCGGGUCAGCCUCGGAAGCUGACCACACGAGGCGCCCUCGUGCUCAUCCUCCUCAGCAUAGUCUUCAGUGCGCUGGCAGCGUUUCCUGUUGCCUACUACACGGGAGUUCAGGAGGCCGCCACCAACCUCUUCGAGCAGGCUGCGUCGGAGGAAAACGCCACCGCCGCCACCACCACCACCAUCACGGAAGCCUCAGCUGAAGACAGGCACUUUCCAAUGUACUGCGUGGAGCAAUGGCCGUCACCGACGCGUCGGCUGAUCUACUCGAUUUUCGUCGUGAUCGGUCAGUUUCUGACGCCUCUGAUUGUCACGCUGAUUCUCUACGCUCACAUUGGCUGCUGGUUGUCGAAGCGACGCGGCAUGAUUCACCGAGCCUCCACGAUGGACAAGACGGCCGACAGCGAGCUCUCGCCGUUCAGCGCACCGUCCAGUCGACAGAAGCCGCUUCAGCUGGCGGCGCGUCUUGAGGCGAAGACGAAGCGCACGCACCGAAUCCUGGUGGGGAUCGUGACGUGUUUUGCGGGCUGUUGGACGCCGUGGACGCUGUACUCGCUCUACUUGGAGUGCACAGCCUACGCCAUGACGAUGACGGCGUCUCCCGGACAGUCGCAGGACAGCAUCACUGACGCCGGCGCCAGGAAUAUGGCAGUGGAUGUGAAUCUCAAAAUCACCGAUCUUGUCCUGAAGGCAAGUUGGCUUCAAAGAUUGUGGCAGUUGUUUGCAUUGAGUUCGACGUGCGCAAACCCCUUCCUGUAUGGCUGGUUAAAUGAGAACAUACGAGGCUCCAUCAUCCGCAGGCUGGGCGUCUGCGUGAAGUCCCAGCGCCAGGCAACCCAAACUAACAUCACGACAACCAACGCCAACUUCCUGCACUACGACAACCCACGAGCUAACGGCUCGCCGAAUUUCGACUCAGCUAAGACCCCAGCACCAUUCAGCUAG